CGCCAAUGGUGGCCGUGCUAUCUCUCCACGCCCUGUCUAUUCGACCAAUAAACCUGCGCUUCCUCAACACCGCCUUUACGCUCAAACGCCUUCAUUCUUCGUUUAAAACCACAGAAAUCUGCGUUUCGUGACACUUUCUGGACGAUGUGUUUUUCAAGCUAGAUAGACCGGACACUGACAGUGACGCUGACAUUAGAGAAACGGUAUCGUUAUCCGGGAGGUCGCUCAGUCUCCAGCUGUCCUAAGGUGUAUUUACUGGUUUAGACUUGGAUAAAGACAGAAGAGGAUGUCUGGAGAUUUGCCGCUAAGCAUCAAUAUCAAGGAACCACGAUGGGAUCAGAGUACGUUUAUGGGCAGAGCCCAGCACUUCUUUAUGGUGACCGACCCAAGAAACGUGCUGUUGUCAAGUGAGGUCCUGGACGAUGCUAAAUCCAUUGUGGAGGAUUACAGGAAUGGUAUAGUGAAGCCAGGGCUGACUGAGGAUCAGUUAUGGAGGGCCAAAUAUGUCUACGACUCUGCCUUCCACCCAGACACAGGCGAGAAAAUGCUGCUGAUUGGACGCAUGUCUGCACAAGUGCCCAUGAACAUGACCAUCACAGGCUGCAUGCUCACAUUCUAUAGGACGACGCCAGCAGUUGUGUUUUGGCAGUGGGUCAACCAGUCCUUCAAUGCCAUCGUAAACUACACAAACCGCAGUGGAGAUGCACCAAUCACUGUAAAUCAGCUUGGAGCAGCUUAUGUCAGUGCCACCACUGGAGCUGUAGUCACUGCUCUUGGCCUCAAGUCACUAACCAAGCAUCUGCCAGCUAUCAUGGGUCGGUUUGUUCCAUUUGCUGCAGUGGCAGCAGCCAACUGCAUCAACAUUCCCUUCAUGAGACAAAGAGAACUGAAACAUGGUAUUCCUGUCACUGAUGAGGAGGGUAAUCGCCUAGGAGAGUCUGCCAGUGCCGCUCAGCAGGCCAUUGCACAGGUGGUGGUGUCCCGAAUUGGCAUGGCAGUGCCAGCCAUGGCUAUUCCUCCGGUUAUCAUGAAUGCCUUAGAGAAGAAAGCUUUCAUGAAGCGCUUCCCAGUGCUUAAUGCACCAGUACAGGUUGGGCUUGUUGGAUUAUGCCUGGUGUUUGCCACUCCAUUGUGCUGUGCCCUCUUCCCUCAGAAGAGCUCUAUGAAAGUGAGCAGUCUGGAGCCUGAGCUGCAGGAGAGUAUACGACAGAGCAGUCCUCACACAACCACCGUUUAUUUCAACAAGGGCCUGUAGGGGCCUUUCCUGCCCAGCCCAGCCCAUACUGCUGCACUCCAAUAUAAUGGAUUUUAGUGGGCACGACUUGAAGGGUCUUUUUUUUUAUUUUUUUUAUUUGGGGUCUCCAUUUGCUUUUCUUUGUGUGUUCAAUCACUUAUACCUUCCCUGAAGAUAAUAUGCAGUCUUUAUUCAGUAUAUCUGUACACUAGGUGGUGUGACUGGCCUAGUUUGUGGUACUGUGGGGUUGUUAGUGUUUUGAGGUUGAGGGUGUAUUGAUAUUACUGGUGCUUUGACAAGUAAUCACCCCUUUAUAUUUAUAUAUAAAAAUAUAUUUUUUCCCCAAAAGUACUUUUUUUCAUCAUUAUUUGUUUUUAUUAUUUGCAAUACUACUAGAGCUUGUUUAUUUCACUUGAUGUUUUAUCUGGAGUUGCAAUGUUUCUUGGCCAAACAUCUGUAUACCGUUCCAGUUAGAUCUAUUAGAGCAAUCUCAGAGCUAAUGAGCAAAAAAUGGUUUAUAAAAUCAGUUUUGACUCGUAGGAUUAUUUCAACCAAUGGAAAUGGUUUCAUUAACUACACUCCUGUAUGUGCCAUUAAAGUGCACUUAAGCCCCGUUUCUCCCAUAAAUUAAGAUACUCGAGUGAGUACAGUUGUUUGUUUGUUUUCUUCUGCUAAAAAAUCCAAAUCUAAACAUUUAGGUAACUCACUGGCUGAUAUCUGAAGGCUGUGCUAAAUCAGUGUCUGUAUGUAAGCUCUCUAAGCCUUAUGUGUGGUCUAACUAAUAACAGCUGUUGCACCAAUCAACUUACAAUGAAGUGUGUGCGUGCGUGCGUGCGUGUGCGCGCGUGUGUGUGUGUGGUGUUGCCAGUACCAUUGAAAACGGUGGUGGUGUAGUGAUUUAGAACAUCAUGUUCUGACUGUAGGCCUAAGACGGUAGGAAAGAAUGUGUCUGCUGGCUGGAGAAGGAAAUAUUAAAGGUACAGUAAGUUCCUUAA